CAGGUUUCCAGCCUGCCGGAUGCAUCGCAGCUGCCCAGCUGCCAGGCCGGGGGCCACAGGAUCUUAAAAAACCGAGGCACGGGACUGGGAUGUGAUGGAGUAACCCUGGCAGAGAACCCACAGGUCUUCCCCGCUGGCACCUGGCCGCCGUUCACCAUCCGCGAGGUAGCUGCUCCGCUCGGGGAAAGAGCAUGGUCAGAGAACCCAGGAGCCCUGGCUCCCUGCCUGGAGCUUAGCAAGGCCCCACUUCCUCUUUCUGUGAGGCCGCUCAGCGCUCUUCAACCUCGGAGCUUUCUCCAGCCCGGAGGGAUCCCUACACCCGGGCAGGAGCUGCCCGCACCUCCACACUUAAGCCUUGCAAUUCCCGGUGGAACAGCCCCGGAGCGAGCUGCCGAGGAGGCUGCAGGUUCUCCCCACGAAGCGGCCGAGAUCUACUGCUCUGAGGCCGUGCCCUCGGCUCUGCCCCCAGUGUGUUUUUCGGACUGAGUCACUCACUUCUCGUUAGGGCUGCAGAGGGGAGAUCCCUCGUUGCAGCUGUCGUCGAGCUGCCUCAUCGCUGGAAGAUAGGGCCCAACUCCAAGCACGGCUCAUCCUGUGGCUGCUGGCAUUAGCCCGUUCCCUGGUCCUGCCCGGCAGAGGCGGCCGGAAGCUGUGGCUCCACCAUGAACGAGGUGUCGGUCGUUAAAGAGGGCUGGCUGCACAAGAGAGGUGAAUACAUCAAAACGUGGCGACCCAGGUACUUCCUGCUGAAGAGCGAUGGCUCUUUCAUCGGCUACAAGGAGAGACCUGAGACGUCUGACCAGAGCCUGCCACCUCUCAACAACUUCUCAGUUGCAGAAUGCCAGCUGAUGGAGACGGAGCGCCCCCGGCCCAACACCUUUGUCAUCCGGUGCCUGCAGUGGACGACUGUCAUCGAGAGGACGUUCCAUGUGGACUCCCCUGACGAGCGGGAGGAGUGGAUGCGGGCCAUCCAGACAGUCGCCAACAGCCUCAAGAACCAGGAGCCGGAGGAGGAUGUGAUGGAUUACAAGUGUGGCUCGCCCAAUGACAGCGCAGGUGCCGAGGAGAUGGAAGUGGCUGUGACCAAGACCCGUGUCAAAGCAACCAUGAACGACUUCGACUACCUUAAGCUGCUGGGCAAGGGUACCUUCGGCAAGGUCAUCCUGGUGCGAGAGAAGGCCACGGGGCGCUACUAUGCCAUGAAGAUCCUGCGCAAGGAAGUCAUCAUCGCCAAGGACGAGGUGGCGCACACGGUGACGGAGAGCAGAGUGCUGCAGAACACCCGGCACCCCUUCCUCACGGCGCUGAAAUACGCCUUCCAGACCAACGACCGGCUCUGCUUCGUCAUGGAGUACGCCAACGGAGGGGAGCUGUUCUUUCACCUCUCGAGGGAGCGUGUGUUCACUGAGGACCGGGCCCGUUUCUACGGCGCCGAGAUCGUGUCUGCGCUCGAAUACCUGCACUCCCGUGACGUAGUGUACCGGGACAUCAAGCUGGAAAAUCUCAUGCUGGACAAAGAUGGCCACAUCAAGAUCACGGACUUCGGGCUUUGCAAGGAAGGCAUCACGGACGGAGCCACCAUGAAGACCUUCUGCGGCACGCCCGAAUACUUGGCCCCAGAGGUGCUGGAAGACAACGACUACGGGCGAGCCGUAGACUGGUGGGGCCUGGGCGUCGUCAUGUACGAGAUGAUGUGCGGCCGCCUUCCCUUCUACAACCAGGACCACGAGCGCCUCUUCGAGCUCAUCCUCAUGGAGGAGAUCCGCUUCCCCCGCACCCUCAGCCCUGAGGCCAAGUCCCUGUUGGCCGGCCUGCUCAAGAAGGACCCCAAGCAGAGGCUCGGGGGCGGCACCAGCGACGCCAAGGAGGUGAUGGAGCAUCGGUUCUUCGUGGCCAUUAACUGGCAAGAUGUGGUGCAGAAGAAGCUGGUACCACCGUUCAAGCCCCAGGUGACGUCCGAGAUCGACACGCGGUACUUCGACGACGAGUUCACGGCGCAGUCGAUCACCAUCACGCCACCUGACCGCUAUGACAACCUGGACUCGCUGGAGGCCGACCAGAGGACGCACUUCCCGCAGUUCUCCUACUCGGCCAGCAUCCGGGAAUAGUGCGGCAGAGACGGGCUCGGGGCUGCCAGGACUCGGGCGCUGGCAGGGCCCCGCGCCCCCGCCCGCCCCGCAAGCCAUACAGGAAGAACCCAAGUGCCCCGAGCCUGGCGCACAGCCCCGAGGACACCCGGCCCUGGCUCCGGCGCGGAGCUCCUGGGAUCGCUGCCGCUGUCCCCGCAGGAGCCCCCGGCCCUUGGAGGAGAGCAGCUCUGCUGCUGCCCGAGCAAUAACAUGUCUCCAUCGGUGCCUUAAAGCUAGGCCCGGGGCUGGCCCUGCCCGCUGGCACCUCCUGGGUAGGGGCAUCACAGAAGCAGCCAGCAGCUCCGGUUUGGCACCUCUCCGGGGCUCAGGGCCUGCGGGGGGGCCACGCUGGGGCUCCGGCUCCCCUGUCCCCGUGCCAUGAGCUGCCUGCGGGGCUGGGGCCUGCUCACAGGGACGUUGCCUUCUUCGCCCCGGCUGGUGAUGGACAUGGGUUAGAGCCCCACGUACUGCCUCCGAGAGCCUGUGCCAGGUCCGGCCGCCCCCUCCGGCUCCUGGCUCCGAUCCCCCCCUGGCUACCGCAGCCCUCAGGAGGAAAGGGGGGCUGCUAGCACCAGGCUGGAGCCCGAGCCGGCGGGGGACAGGCCUGCACAUGGACAAUGCGGAGAGGCCAGACAGGCUCCAGGGGCAGAGGCCGGCGCCCCAGAGACUGGCACCAGCCCUUUCCGCCACCCUGCAUUGGGACUCCCAGCUGGUGUGGUGGUGCGGACCUGUUGGCAGGGCCCGGCGCCCCCACGAGAGCACGUCUCGACCCAUGGAUUUCUCUGCGCUGCAUCGGGGGCAGCACAGUAGCGGGCGGCGCGGCAUCAGGUGCUGCCAGGUGGGGGCUGCGUGCCCCUCGAGGGCCCUGGUGCAGUUCCUCGGCACGGCUCGUCAUCUGGUUUUCUGUUUUGCGUUCAGGACAGAGCUGGACCGGGCACGACCUGGGCCCGAGUCUGGGGGGUGGGGAACGGGAGGGGGAAGGCCUUGGAUGACCCCCAGGGUGCUGUGGCCGCUGCCCCCCCGCCCGGGUCUGCACGCACCUCGGCCGCCCCCUCUUGUUACGGUACAAGCAAUAAAGACUGUUUUGGAGA